AUGAAUCAAAGUUCUGGGAACCAGCGUUUCGCCUAUCAGCAACCUAUUGGCCAAGCCUCUCCAGGUCAAUUUCAGCCCAUGUAUGUCCAGGCCCAGGCCCCUCCUGGACAGUAUGCUCAACAACCAGUUGGACAGGCUAUACAACAGGGCCAACUGGUUCAGCCAGCAGUAGCGCAGGAACCGACGUUGCCAAAGACUACUGAUUAUUGGAACAGUGCCUUGAUUGCAGAAAGAGUGGUUGAGUUUGUGAGUUGUUGUUCUUUUUUCCACAAAUUGUUGCCAGAAUAAUCUACCACCUUUUUAUAAGAAAGAUUGUUUAUUAAUUAAGCUAGGCUGCUACAGCUUUUUCUGAUUUUUGAAGAAAAUGAAAGCUUGGUGCUUUGAAGCAUAACGAUACAGUUUUGAGAACAAUCUUUAAAUUGACCACUAGAAGCCCAGUGAGCCACCUGGCACUGAAAAAAAACCCACGCUUUAAUACACUCUUAUAACACUUCUAAUACAGUUUACUUUUUGGUUAUAGCUUUUCCUGUCAGCUGCUUGGAUAUCGAUUGUUAGAUAUUCCAGCCUGAGUGGAAGCGAUUCUUGGAAUAAGUUUGGAUAUUCGGCAUAUUUCAAAUAUUCCAGAGAUACUCCUGUAUAUGAAGUCGGGAGAGUGAAUUUUUUUAAGGGGAUUACAGUGUUCUGCUGGAUCGUGUCCAUUGUAUUUCAAGUUGGGUUUGUUUUUGGCUUCAACUACAUCAAGCGUUUCUUGUCACGACCGUCACACUUGACAAUUGUCGUAAGUUUAUCGUUGGUGAAAAUACAUUUUACAUUUGAGACUAGUUAAUAGACUCCCAUGGCUGAGAAAUAGUGUCGCGAUAAUCGACAGCUCGGGAGUAUUGAUACUCCUCAAAUGAAACCCUACUAGUGGUUCAUCAGAUUUUCCUCAAGUAUUUAUAUGCAGAGCCAGGAAUAGGAAUGCAGGGUGAAGUAGAAAUGCCAUUUUCCAGUCCAAGUUUUGUCCAAAUCAAAUUUCACAGCCUAAUUUUUGUCAAAAUCUUUCUCCAAUUGCAUUUUUGUGCAUACUUUCCUGGGACUCAAGUCAAAUUUAUUUUCACUAAAAAAACGAAGCAAAUCCUCGUUCGUCAUUUACUACUUCAGGCCUCUUUGCACGUGGGCAUGAACCAAAGAAGCCAUAUCACAGCCACAUCACAAUUUAUGUGCAUCUUAAAAGAUUUAUCUCAAAUCUUUGUGUGUUCGUCAAUAAUUAUCAUUUGCAAUUCAUUUUAAUGUUCUCCACUCUCAAAAAAUUUGUUUCUUUAGUUUAUUUUCGGCUUUUGCCUACCCUGACCAGCUAUUAUUCAACGGUUUGAAAAAAAAAGGUGCAAAGGCCUUUCCUCCCCUCCCCUCUCCUCCCCUCUCUUUCUCUCCCCCCCUAAAAAUCUUCUAAAAUAUGACUGUAAUUAGAGGAUGAUAAUAGUAAUGACAAUGAUCAUGAUAAUGACAAUGAUAGUGAUAAAGACGAUGACUAUGACGAUGACGAUGAUGAUAAUGAUGACGAUGACCAUUACCAAGACGAUGAUGACGAUAAUGAAAAUGAUAAAAUAAAAAGUUAAAAUAAAGUUUUAUCAUUUGUCCGGCGAUAUAGUUACUUCUGAACCUAUUAGAUUCAGCUUUUCUCUUUUUCUCCACAGUGCUUCAUUGUGCAUAUUAUCCUGACCAUCUUACUGGUGGCUUGUACACUGACCCUCGUGUUUCAUGCGCAUGAGAUGUCCAAGGCUUACGACUUACUGCCCUUGGCUAUAAGGAUGAACCUUGAUGAACUCUACUUGGCACUGGUAAUCUACAACGGCAGUCUAUCCCUUAAGCCUUAAUAUGUGCCAGAGAGGAAAAAUUUUACGAAUAUGCUAUGGGACCUUUCAUCAUUACAGAGAAAAUAGGCGUAUGAAGAGAACUCAGAUUCGUAGGUAGUUCGCCGAGUAGAAUCCGUUUUCAAUGUUUGAAGCCAAAUUAUCUAAAUACAAAACAUAAACAGCCGCCUCAUAAGGGGACAGUAGGUUUUUCUUUGAGGAGUAAAACUUAAUGAUUUAAGUAAUCCAAAACUUUUUUCCUCACUAAACCCAACCUGUAGUAAAGAGUUUUUUUCCUUUUUCGACAGAUUUUUGGUUUUCUGGUCUG